UCAAUACUCAGUUCUCGACUUGCUUCAAGACAGGAAGGAGUUGGGUAGUUUUGUAUCAUUGAGUGGAACGCCGCCGGCCAUAACGCCCGACGUGAUGGCAAAACAGCAUCCCACAGAAGAAGAGCAAGUUGAGUUCAAUGUGCCAACUACAAAACCACCAACGACUACAACAGUUAUAACCCAUGACCCACCAUUUAUUACAGUGCCUCCGACUACACCAUUUACUACACCAUUUACUACAACAACUUCAACAGUUAAAACCACCUUUAUAACUCAUGACCCACUAUUUAGUACACCAUUUACUACAACAACUUCAACAGUUAAAACCACCUUUAUAACUCAUGAUCCACCAUUUGUUACAACACCACCAACCACACAUAAUGGCACAACAACUGGAGCAAAUUCUACUACAAGACCUUCAACAUCUUCAAAUACAAGUGUACCCGGGACCAACAUUACUACAAACGCUUCAAUAACAGCACCUAAUGCAACUACUACAGCUAGAACCAAUGCAACCACAUCUGCGUAUUCAGCAAAUGUUACCACAAAUUCUUCAACCGCACUCAAUGCAACAACUACAGUCGGAGCCAACUCAACCACAUCAACGCCCUCAUCAAAUGCAACUUCAGUCGCAAAUGGUACAAGUGUUCCUGUAAUCAAAAGGCUCUUCUGUGAUGAGGAGUGUGGUAGAUCUACCGUCACAGUGCCAAGGAUCGUGGGUGGGCAAGACGCAACUUUGAACGAGUAUCCUUGGAUGGUUAAUCUGAAUAUAGACGCUAAUGGCUUCGUUUCUCCUGCGACCUGCGGCGCGUCCAUCAUCAAGAAGUCAUGGAUAUUAACAGCGGCGCACUGCGUUGUUGAUCCUAAUACAAUGACCUUGUUCAGAAACUUGACAGUUGAAGCCACCUUUGCCGAGUAUGACGUCAGCAACGAUACAGAAACUGCCAGCUUUACGGUUGCCCCAAAAUACGUCUUCGUUCACCCCCAAUAUAAAAAAGGACUUAAUGCCCAAGAUUCAGAGGACAAUGACAUCGCCCUUUUGUACUUGGAUGGAAAUCUUACAUUCGGAACUACCGUCAAACCUCUCUGUAUGCCAAGACCUGAAGACUAUGUAGCGGAAAAACAAGUUGUGGCUACUGGAUGGGGGACGACCUCUCACAAUGGACAAACCUCCAACACACUCAAGGAGGUGGCUUUGAACCUGAAAUCUCCACAAAACUGUACGACUCUCAAUCAGAAUGCUCCUGAAACCUACAUUAUAACCGACAACAUGAUAUGCGCACUUGGCAACAACAAAGAUACCUGUCAGGGUGACAGCGGAGGACCCCUAAUCACUCAGUCUGACGACGGGCGAUGGGUCCAGCUUGGGGUCGUCAGCUUUGGAUACAGGUGCGCCGAACCAAACGUUCCAGGUUUCUAUACGAAACUCAGCAACUAUGUAAACUGGAUCGAAAACGUGACUCUGUCGAGCGGUUGUUAAAUGGCUAACUUUCUUUUAAAUUUUUGCGUGUGUGCUUAAUGUUGGUCUUCCAUUAAU